UGUAGGUUCAAACUGCUGCCAGUGCGCUCACACGGAAGGACCUGACACUAGACUGAGAUAAAACUUGCGAUACUGCAGCUUAUUUCUUUGCAGUUAUGAAAAACCUUCACUUUAAAGAAUGUUUCUGGAACUCUGAUCUGACCAGCACCACUGGCUACGAUGUGAUCAUUCAGUAUCUCAAUGAAGGCAAAAGGACAUGCAAGGAAGUGGAGGACUUCAUGAAAGCCAGGGCAACAAUUGAAGAGAAAUACGCCAAAGAUCUGCUUGGUUUGUCCAAGAAGGUGUGUGGACACAAUGAGAUGAACACCUUAAAGCGAUCCCUGGACAUAUUCAAAUUACAGACUGAACAGGUGAGUCUGUCACACUUGCAACUGGCGCAGAGCAUGAGGGAGGAGGCCAAGAAACUGGAAGAGUUCAGAGAAAAGCAGAAAGAAGCCAGGAAAAAGAUCGAACAAAACAUGGAUAUGAUCCACAAACAGAAGUCGUCGCAGUUCAAGAAGGUGAUGGACUCAAAGAAGACAUACGAGCAAAAGUGUCGAGACAAAGAAGAAGCGGAUCAGAAUGUGAACCGAAACACCAACAACGCCAAGCAGAUGGACAAGCUACAUGCAAAGGCCCAGCAGGCAAAACAGAAUGCAGAGGAUGCAGAUAAGUUGUACCAGCAGAAUGUGACUUCGCUGGGAAAGAUCCGAGAUGACUGGCUGAAGGAGCACGUCAAGGCCUGUGAGAUGUUUGAAAGACAGUCGGUAGAGCGUAUUAACUUCCUGAGGACCACAGUCUGGACUCAUCUUAACCAGCUCUCCCAGGAAUGCGUCACCAGUGAUGAGCUCUAUGAGGAAGUGAGGAAGUCACUCGAACAGUGUAACAUCCAGGAAGAUAUUGAGCACUUUGUAAAUCUGAGACGAACUGGAGAUAAACCACCAGCUCAGGUUGUGUACGAGAACUUCUACAGUGGUCAGAGGUCUCCAGCGGGGGCAAGGCCUGCUCGACCUCUGCCAGCAGUGAACAGGAGGGGGCCCUUACCUAACCCAAUACAGAACAGUGGAGAUGCUGAACACUACCAUGUGUUACAGGACACGAGCUACAGUGUCAUCGAGUACUAACAACCAGAUCUUCUUCAGCUUUGCUGAUAAACAGAUUCAUUAUGUCCCCCAACUUCCUCCUUUGUGGUUUCCUCUAAACAUACCAUCCAAUUCAACUGAAAAUAAGUGUCACAACUGUUCACAUAAAUAAAAUCAUAAUCUAUAACAUCUUCCAAAAUUUGUAUUAAUUCAAAAGGUCAUGUCCAGUGUCCAGACCGACUUCCCAUUUGUUUUUCUUUAUUUUUUUUAUGUAACUGCAUUUCGGUGUAUUUCCAGUUUUGUAUUUAUUUGAUCUUUUUUUUUCUUAUCCAAAGUUCUUAAACCCAAAUAAUGUUUUUCAUGUUUCCAGUUUUCAUUUCCUGUAUUUGUGAAAGUAGCUGACCGCUACUUUGAUGACUGGAAAUGGUUUCUCACGCUUGUAAAACAGUGUUUCUCUUCAAAGUCCUGUUCCUGUUACUAGACCCUGCACUCGAUCGGUUUUUAACUUCCUGUAAAACAUCCUGAAAAGUGCAGCCAGCCCUAUUUUUAUACCGAAUGUUAACAAUCCUGUUAUUAAAAUCCAAGUGUGAUGAUGGAUAUUCUUUGAAUUCUGGGGUUGGGGCUGUUGAAGUUUUAGCACUUUUGAUUUCACUUUAUUUAUACUGGAAACCUGCCGUGAACUGAAAACGCUACAAACUUUGGACUGCAUGACGUAGUCAGAAUUAAAACACAUUUAAUUCUGAACUCAACUUUUUCUC